AUGGCAGGCCUCACGACAUCACCACCAAGCUCUCUUCCCUCAUCACCCUCCUUUAGCGCCCACCGCGCCUCCAACUCCUCCUCACCUCGGCCAGCGCUCUCUCUCGACCUCUCCAACCUCCCUCCUCCCUCACAGCCAACACCCCCCUCAAACACCCUCCUGAUCACCGAGCUCCAAGACCUCUACCUCUUCCAACCAUCCUCCCUCGCCUCCAUCCGCGAACAGAUCGCCGCCAUCGCGCCCUUGAACUCCUUCUCCCCACUCCCCUCCAUGCGCCGCAUCGUCUGCUCCUUCCUCUCGCAGGACGACGCCCUCCGCGUCCGCAAGCUCCUCGACGGCCAGCCCCUCCUCAGCCGCAACGUUCGCACAAAAAUCUACUUCGGCGAACCAACCCCCAUCCUCGACGAGGAGUCCGCCCGCCGCCCGAAGCUCCUCGAGGCCCCCCACCUCGACAAGCUCUUCUUCAUCAGCCCACCCCCCAGCCCCCCGCACGGCUGGGUCCUGCGCACAGAGGAGCCCCCCAACAAGGAAGUCCACGCCACCGACCUGGCGCAUGCCCUCGCUCAGUUGAAGACCGACCAGGUGGUUCCCGCCGCGGCAGCAAUCGCCCCCGCCGACCCGGAUACGCCCCUGUCCAUCACAUCGGACAAGAGAACUUGCAGUUGGCCCGCCAGUAUGUCCGGCCAGCGCAGCAGGAGUAGCACGCUGAUCUACCACCCGGAGGACCACGGCGGGAGCCCCGGCCUGCCGGCGGUGAUGGUCGAGGAUAUGAGCGCCCCGCUGGACGAUGGGGAUGUGGAAAUGAGUCCGAUCGAGAUGUGUCUCAAGAAAAUGCCGCCCAAGACGUCCCGGCCGCCGGUUGAGCUCAUGCUGUGA